UUAGAUUUUUGAGUUAUUUUAAAUCAAUUAGACAAUACUUGAAGAAGAAGAGUACCUAAUGCACGUAUAUUGUAUAUAUAGCACGUGCUAAAUGGAUAUUUGAGCUGUUGAAAUUUCAAAUUGUAGAGCAUUAGGCCUAUCUCAUUAGAUCUUCUAUUGGUACAAGUUUUCUGUUAUCAUUUGAUAGUUAAAAUACUUCAAAAUGAAUGAAAUAUAAUUCAUUCUGUAAUUUAAAAUUUUGUGCGUAAAAAUUGAUGCUUAUAUAAUUAUUUACUCUUGUCAAUUGUCAAACAAAAAUCAAGAUGUCCUUGUCUAAUGCGAGACAAAGCGUCUCGUUCACGAAAGGAAGAAACAGAUACCGAGAGAAAUGCAUUCGAUCGAACACACGCCUUUAUUCCCGGAGUGUUGCUGACUCCAAUCGAUCUCUUGCACAUAUUUUAACUAUCCUCGCGUACCUUUCGUGUACCUGCUGCACCGAGAGAGAGAGAGAGAGAGAGAAGAGGGAAGCGGAUAGAAGAAAAGAGACAUUGAUAAUCGAAUGGUACAACGAACGGAUGACAAAAGAGAGGACUGUAUGCGCGCGCACAGAGAAGAGAGGACAGAUUUUAAAACUGGAAACAAGUCGUCUCGCAAGAUUUCGUCAAGAACAUUUUAUUCGCAGCCAAUGACAAAAAUGGAUGGAGAUGAUGGAAAUUCACAUCUCGACAAUGUACAAUGUAUGUAUAUUUGAAAGAAUGGAUACUGCGAUUAUGGAUACACAGUUAUGAAAUUAUGUUGGUUCUUGAAUCAUGGAAUCGCUGAAAGGAAACGCGUUCGUAACAGUUUGAAGAAAUAGAAUAGAAUUACAAUGAUCCUGUGUUUGAUUUAGCUUUAAUGCAAAUCCGUGUCUACGUUUGAGAUCUGACAGAAAAAAGAUUCCGAGAGGUGGAAGAGAGGAAGAGGAGAGCGUAAUGCGACGACAUUGUUGAUGAGCAUGGAAAGCAUGAACAUCAGCAGCAUCGGCAAGAUCGACAGAGCAAAUGGUGAAAUCAGCGAUCGCGUGCAAUGACAAGAGAGGAAAAUUUUUCUCUCUCCCUCUCUGGUAACAACAUUAACAGAUUCGGAUAGCGAUGCGAAUGGUGGGACGCGCGGUAUAGCAAGCGGCGGGCGAACAUUCGCGCAGACUCGGUCGUCUUCGUGCUCCCGCCGGGGUAAAGAGAGAAAUUCCGUAAAGAGAGAAAUAAAUAAAGAAAGAAAGGUGGCGAAGCGCGCGCGAGGGCCCCGCGCAAAAAUCAUUAAAACGCGUGCUCGUUUCGCGGCUGCGGCUUACGUCGCGUUGAUUCUGCCUCGUGAUUUAUUAACGGACGAGUUAGGGGUAACCGGUUCUCGCUACAGUCGGCCGUUUCGGCCACACCGCUCGCUCGCUUGCGCGCGCGCGCGCGCGCGGCGGGGGGCUGGCUGGCGUUCUCCCGCAGCUCCUGCUCGGAAACACGCGAGACACCUAAAGUCUAAACCAGUGUACGUACAUCUUCCGUCCUAGAACAUCUCUUACAUGUACAGCCACGGAUUUUGGGACCGCUUGAACGGUCCUAGCGGAACACGCGUUGGUAUGGAGUGGACUCGCGACAAGACUCUGGAGCUGUUGCGCGAGUAUCAACAACGACGCGUCCUCUGGGAUUGGAAUGCUCGGGGCUAUCGGGAUCGCGCAAAGCGCAAGCGAGCUAUUCAGGAGCUCGCUGAAAUUCUCUGCUGUAACACUCUCGAGGUUGAGAAGAAGAUCACUAAUCUCAAGUGCCAAUAUUCUCGGGAGGUGCACAAGAUACAGAACAGUCGCGACGCCGCCACCGGUCCAGACGACGUAUAUGUCUCCAAGUGGUUCGCUUUCAAAGCGAUGCAGUUCCUACAAUUCGGCACGCGUAGAUAUAGCAAACGGAAGAAGAAAGUUGAACAAGAGCCUAAACUGCAAGAAGAGUACAUUGUGAGCGACAUCGAUCCAGAAAGUAUAACCUUUAUGGAUUGCAACGAGGAAACGAACGGCUCCGGUACCGGUUCCUUCAACGUCUCAUUGAGCGAGGACGCUGAGGACGCCGAGGAAUCUUCCUCGUCCAGUUUAAAGGCAAUGGAGUUGUACAAUGGUUCUCUACCGAGUCAGGACAGUCCACCGGUCGAUCUCGACGAGUCCGGACGGGUCAAGAUCGAGUCUGGCGCACUGGCACACGAGAAAGAACGAAAAAAAACAAAGGAGGAAUUUGCCAAGUUCGGCGAGAGCAUUGCCGUACAGCUCGCCGAGAUCCGCGAUUCGUACUCAAGGUCGGUCGCCAAACUCAGGAUCAAUCAGAUUCUCUUCGAGGCGGAGAUCGGGAUCUAUGCGCAGACGCAUCGCUAAUGAGUCGAUCCGCGUGAAUCAACGUGAAUAGUCGACAUAACGCUGCGAAUGCGCGUCGUCGAUUUACAGUCUCGAUUUACGUUUGCUCGAAUUGUAACGAGUCAUAACUCGCUCUUUCGAAUAGACUUCAAUCCUAACAGAUUAGAAACAACGGAGACUAAAGGAAGUAGACUUACCAAAUAAACAAUAAUAAAAUUAUUCGAUUAUAUGAGAGACCAUUCUAUUGGUCGCGAGCGAGCGUGCGUUGUGAAUAGAAAUGCCGCAGCGAAAUAAAUAUCCAUACAUCUUCCAUUUCUUCCACUUGUAAUAACUUUUAACUUUUGGAUAGGUGAAACAUUAUUUGAAUUAUUACGCAUUCUCUGGAUGUAAAGGAUCUGAGGGAUCGAUUGUGGCAUAAUAUGCACGAUAUUAAAGGGCAAUGCGAAUGUCAGCGAGUUGGUGUGUAACAACUUUGAUGUAAAACUUCGCGCCGUCUUGUUAUCGGAUGUGGAUGCCUCUAAAGACUGAAUCGAUGAUCAAGACUGUAUAAUAAGCAAUUUUUUUUCUAGUUGUGAUUGAGCGAGAAUGUGUCAAUGUUAAAACCAAUUGUUUAUUUUUUUUUUUUUAACUAUAGGCAACGUCAAUCUUUAGUUGACUCUUAGUUGACUUGGGUUAUUAUACGUAUGCACGUUUUAUGGAAAAAGCUGUAAAUAUAGAAAAGUUAUAAAUAUUAAAUUAAAUUAAAAUAUUAAUCACGUCAUCGUUAUCAUUAUCGUUAUUUUCAAUCGGACAAUUUGACCAACACGUUGUUGACUAUUUGAAGUAAUUUAACUUUCUGUGAUGUUAUUCCCUGUGAUUCUUGGCAUCAUUUUUGUUGCAGCGCGAUAAUGUAAGACAAAUAUAGAUAAUCCAGAUAUUAAUCAACAGAGUAAAUAAGGGUUCUUUUGUAUUUUUCCAGCUUUUGAAAAAUGUUUUGAAACGCUGGUAACAAUGAGAUAUGAAUGUGAAUGGAGAUGCAAUAUUUUUGUUUGUAAUCACCGUGAUGGUACAAUAUUGUGCGCACGUGUACGACACAUGCGACAUACACAUGCAACACGACUGUUUCAAUUUCCUAAAGACAUGAGAUACUUAAUAAUUGUCGAUAACUUGAUGUAAAUCAAUCAAUAUAUAAUUACUCUUCUUUAGCAUUAAGAUUUUAAAGGUCCAUGAUAAUUGAGUCAAAGAUAUCUGAUAUCAAAGCGGUAAUUACAGAUUCAUAUUAACUCACAACACAAUACAUGAUUUCCCUCUCCGAUGGAAUUUUGCUCCAAUCUCUUACAUCUAAUAAAUAUCAAAAUAAAUUAUUAUACCCUAGUGAAAAUUAAACGUACGUCUUCGUAAUAUUCGAUAUUUCAUUAUUUCAAAUAUAUCAAGUCCCGACAAACGACAUAACGUGUCUCUCUAUUAAUCUUGAAACGCUUGCCUGGCACGAAAUGAAUGCUCACGUAGCGUCUGUCGGUUAACUUUCUUCGAAAAUUAGUGUUAGCGAAAAUGUAUUAACCAAGAGCGAGUAGGUUGUUGACAUUUAAAUAGAGUUUUUGAAAAGAGAAAGCGAAAGAGUACAAUUAAUCAGAUAAACUGCAGUUUUGAGUUUAUUUAUUACUGUAAAUUUAAUGUGAUUAUUAUUAUUAGUCGAUUUGUGCAGUCUUGUACAAUCCUGUUUACAGCGAUGCUAAUGAGUUACAUGUACGUUGAUGCGAUCGAGUGUUUCCUUUCUUGAAAAAAUGUUGAUAA